AUGCAUGUCACUGGCACAUUGGAGAAGGAUUGCAAUGCACCAAAAUUUUUUCAACUUCGUCUUGAAAACCCUCAUGCAUUCAUCAAUUGGUGUGAACGUGAAUACAACGCAACCCUAGAAUGGAAGAAACUUGAAAAUGUUGGAAAUGAAUUUGCUAGGACUAUUGUUUGGGAUGAGAUCAAGAUGCUUGAAUAUGAUCAUCUGGUAUUAUCAUUUAUAAUAGAUUUCACCCAACCACAAAAGAAAUUUCAACACAUAAUUUCUCAAGUGUUUGACAAAAAUGAUAAAGAUUCCAUUGCUGUAAAACAGUUCUGGAAUGAAUACAAAAUAUUAGAUGCUGAAAACACCCUGAAACUUGUUGAAAAACAAACUUGCAAGUGGCAAUUUCUGAUUAGUGAUGAUGAUGUAUCUGAUGUAAAUUCUUAUUUAUCAGUAUUUAAUACAAUUUCCAAAAAAGAAACAGAAUGGAAAUUAAAAAAUGGAAAGUUAGUUACAGAAAUUCUUGCAGAAGGAACAAUGAAGACAAUGGAAGCUUCUAAAACAAAUACUAAGAGACCAAAAGCUUUUUACAACAAUGUUAUUCGUCUUGGAUUGUCAUACAUUGUAGAUCUCACAUCUGAAUUUGAAAUUGGAAUGCAUACAUUCUUUGGUGAAGAAUGGGAUGAUCUUAAAACCAAGGUGUAUGGUCAACUCAAUCUCACACCAUUGCAUUUUGAGGGCAUUAUUCUUGAAACCAUAAAAGCUAUUGAAGAGGCACGAGAACUUAUAUUGGAUAAGAUGAAAAAAUCAGUCAGCCAGUGUCAAGUACCAACAAAUUCUCAAAAUAUACUUUUUGAUUUUAGACAUGUUUUUUGCAAAAAUCCAUAUGUGUUUAUUUGUGAAGAUGGUCAAAAGAGAAAGCUUACAGAGAUGGAAUAUGUGCUAAAGGUAGUGGCACCUAUCCUAGAUGUUGUGUUCUCCAAUGUUUCAAGCAUGAUCAAUCUUCGCACAAAAUGCCGAAAAAUUGACUUAAGAAUCGAAUGCAGAGUCCAAGGUAUGGAAGUUGUGGAAUUAAGUCAUUCUUCGGCUGCAUCAAGUGCAAUGCCUGCAAAGACUGUAAGAGAUCGUAGUAAUGUUAUAGAACCAAUCAAUGCAUACUUAAUGAAUUAUUGA